GUCAUAUUCCUUUAGUAAAAUGGUCAAAAUUAUCUGCCUUUUGGCACUUGGUCUAAGUGUCGCUCUUGGUUCACCAAUCGAAUCAAGGAUAGUUGGCGGUUCAACGGUCGAUAUUAGCCGCUAUCCGUUUUUGGUAGGAGUUUUAUAUAGUCAAGAUGGCAUAAUUUUCCAACAUAUUUGCGGUGGAUCAAUAAUCAACAAUAGAUCAGUUCUUACGGCUGCUCAUUGCUUUAUAGGUUCACCUUCGAAUUUCCUCAUUCGGGCUGGAUCCAGUUUUGGAAACAGUGGCGGUACGAUUUACAAUGUGAUGGAUUUGAUUAAACACUUUAAUUACAAUACACUGACAUCAAAAAAUGAUAUCGGCGUGAUAAGAAUAAGAAAUGAAUUUAUGUUUGGCGGUAAUGUGCAAGUGGGACGUAUCGGUGGAUAUCAUAUCGGCGAUGAUCAAGUUGUCUGGGCUGCAGGAUGGGGAAAAACUUCCUUCAAUGGGCAACCAUCAGAGGAACUCCGUCACGUUCAGAUUUGGACAGUUAACCAUAAUACUUGCCAACAAAACUAUGGGAAUAUGAAUCUAAUAACAGAAUAUCUUUUAUGUGCCGGACCAAGGGAGGCAAAUAAUGGUGUCUGCACUAGAGAUUCUGGCGGGCCCCUUGUUCACAAUAAUGCGAUCGUAGGCGUCGUGUCGUUUGGCAAAGAUUGUGGACUACCACAAUUUCCUGCAGUAUUCACACGAGUUUCAAAAUAUACGGACUGGAUUCAAACUAAUGCUUAAGAUUUUUAAAUCUUAAGCAUUCAUUUAUAAUAUAAAUGUCAUCAAAGAAAUACUAUUUGUAAUAUGUUUAAUGAAAAUAUGAC